CCCCAGAAUUCCAAAUUUAUCGUUUUUGAAUUUCUUGGCUUAGUGUGAGAUCGAAAUAUACCUACCUAACCGAAUCUUAACAAUGAGUGAAUCAAUGAGUGAAAGUAUGAGAAAUUGAGUUUAAUCCCGUUUAUAGCAUAUGGCAAACCAAUCACUUCCCGAAGGGUACUAGCCUUCGUAUUAUUUAACUAAAAUAAUAAUAUAGUUUUUUUUUUCUUUUCGAAUAUUUAUUCUUUUUGUUUUUUCAUUUUUUAGACGUUUCUUCUAAUCACUACUAAACCACUAUUUUCAUUUGAUAUUCUAUAAUGUAAUUAAUAUAACUAUAUAUUCAAAUUGUAAAAUUUAUGUAUAUUAUUUCUUUUUUAAUAAAGAAAAAAAAAAUGCAAUUCAAUUUCAAAUAAAAGAAUUUCUAUAUAGAAUUAUAUGGGUAAUAGUGAUUAGAAUGAACGAUUCAUAAAUAUAAAUCCCAAAUCAAAAAAUUCUAUGGAAUAAUGAAAGACAGAAAAAUCCUUCGAAUUGCAUCAUAUUAGUCGAUUAUAUUUAUAUUGACAAUUUCAAAAAACUAUUCAUACUAUGAUCAUAGUAUGAUGGCAGUCGGGCAAGUAUGCCCCCAUCGUCUAGUGGUUCAGGACAUCUCUCUUUCAAGGAGGCAGCGGGGAUUCGACUUCCCCUGGGGGUAGGGUACUACGAAAGGAAGUUGAUCAUGGAUUAUCAAUAAGCUUGGAAUUGAUUCUUCCCGGGUCGAUGCCCGAGCGGUUAAUGGGGACGGACUGUAAAUUCGUUGGCAAUAUGUCUACGCUGGUUCAAAUCCAGCUCGGCCCAAUAAUUCGCGGAUCCACCAUAAAAUGAUAUAACCCAUUUGUCCUUCGACAGAAAUGCUUGAUAUGAAAGAAUAAAAAAAACUCUUUUUUUAUUGAUUGACAGAUUGAUUAUCAAUCAAUUUGACAAUAACGAAAAAAUGACUAUUAAUCCAUGCUCCUCUCACUAAAGUACAUGUCUCCGCGCAUAUCAAUCUAUUACUCGCGUCUCUGUCUGGUAAAAUAUGACAAUUCGAAUCAAAAAUCUACAUAGAAAGGUUUGAAGGAAAUUAAAUCAACAACAUAUGUUGUACACUUUAUUUCCCCGGGAUUGUAGUUCAAUUGGUCAGAGCACCGCCCUGUCAAGGCGGAAGCUGCGGGUUCGAGCCCCGUCAGUCCCGAUGGAUCCAAAUCCAAUAAAAAAAAAUACAUCAAUUCAUCUCUUUCUUUCCUGUGAAAGAGAGAACAAAUAACAUAACUUAAUUUUAUUCCAAACGGGAUCUCUCUUAUUUUUUUUCCACAUUUUUCAUCAAAAAAAAAUAGGGAAAUUUCCAUUUCUUCAACGAGUAUUGAUUGAUGGGAGAAAGCCAUAUGUGCCAUAUGUGAAUUACCGCAAUUAUUGGUAGCAUCAUAUUCCGGAUUCGAAAGAAUACCGUACUGGGUCUAGUUGAUUACGCCCGAUUUUUGUAAUGGAAUAGAGUACUAUACGUUUCCGGGAAGCACAUACACAAAGGGAAUUUGGACGAUACAAAAAAAAUUGUACAUAGUAAACUAUGAUCUAAUUUUUCGUCUUAAAGCAAAAUAUAUACGUUCAGGCUCCGAUUUUGUGUAACCUCAAUUAGUAAAUUCAAUUACUAAUUUGAAUUUGAAAUAAUCUAUCUCAUUCAAAUUUCACACUUAACUUUUGAUAUAUACGUCCCACUACUAAUUCAAGGAAAGAGGAUAUUAAUACAAACAAGGAUCCCCAUCUAUCUGUCUUAGUGAGGGAAUUAAUAAUUUUUGAAAGUUUAAGUUUAGUUUAAUUAUUUUUUUUUAAGAAGAUUUGAUCAGUACAAAAAAAGGAAGGAGUUUAGUUCGAACCUACCUCCUUUUCCUUUUUUGAAUUUCGCUGCUAUUGUUUGCUUGAGUUUGUUUAUAAACAAUGUGAGGGUAAAGGUAGUCUGAUGAGACUUCAUCAGAUAAUUGCAUUGGACAAGAGGGCAGUAGAUUAUAGAAAAGAAAGAAUGCAAAAAAUUAGAAAUAAAAAAAAAGUACAGAAAUUCUUGAUUGCAUCAGGAAUCCCAUUUUGUUUGAAUUCGGUAUGGAUAAAAGAUCUUCCUAUGUUAUACUAUUCAAUUCUCGACGAUGAAUCGAUUUGAUAGCUCCGAUAUUGUUAUUCAUGAUAUUUUAAUACGAUUCGAUAUCAUCGAGAUGCAAUGCAGCCCAUUGAAUUUACAAGCGAAACAUUUAUCAUCUCUAUGGGAUUAAAUCCCGAGUUAUUGCGAAUAAAAAA